AUGGCUGAAAGCAAGAGACUCAGCAGCAGCUCCCGCCCAGGCCAGGACGAGAGCGAGAAGAUCCAGGAAGUGCAGUACCAGACCCGCAGCCGACAGAAUUCGAGGAUAGAUCAAGAUGACACCACAUUCUUUGACGAAAUCAACCCUGGAGGAAGGGCUGAGUUGACUCGUAUUGCCUCGAACUUUGCCAGGCGGACCUCUACAGCGGCAUCCACUACUACCGGGAAGGGCAUUGAGCGAAUGGACACUGUCGACGAGAUGACCCUUGAGGAUCCGGCAUUUGAUCCCACAAGCGAUCAGUUCAAUCAUUACAAGUGGGCCCGUAAGAUUAUGAAACUCAUGGACGAGGAAGGUGCCCCUCGACCUCCGUCGACCGGGAUCACUUUUCAAAAUCUCAAUGUAUUCGGCUCGGGGUCAGCUUUACAGUACCAGGAUACCGUGGUCUCUCUGUUGACUGCGCCAUUGCGCCUCCACGAGCUCCUUUUCAAGCGAGCUCCUGAAAGACACAUUCUGCACGAUUUCAACGGUCUGAUCGGUAGCGGUGAACUCUUGAUUGUCCUAGGACGACCAGGUAGUGGCUGUUCAACCUUUUUGAAGUCACUAUGUGGCGAACUCAAUGGUCUGAAACUAGGCGAAGGGUCGCACAUCCAGUAUGGAGGGAUACCGAUGAAGACAAUGCAUAAAGAAUAUAAGGGAGAGGUUGUAUACAACCAGGAGGUUGACAAGCAUUUUGCCCAUCUCACAGUGGGGCAAACCCUAGAGUUCGCCGCCGCAGCAAGGACUCCAGAGCAUCGACUUCGGGGCGCCAGUCGGCAGCAAUCUGCGAAAUAUGUUACCCAGGUAGCCAUGGCGAUAUUCGGUCUCUCGCAUACAUAUAACACCAAGGUGUCAAGAGCACCUAUCGCGGCUUGGGACAAUAGCACUAGAGGUCUGGACUCUGCGAGUGCCCUAGAAUUCGUCAAGGCCUUGCGAAUCGCCGCGAACGUGGGAGGCAGUUGCCAUGCCGUGGCAAUUUAUCAAGCCUCGCAAGCGAUCUACGACAUCUUCGAUAAGGCCGUCGUCUUAUACGAAGGGCGCGAGAUCUACUUUGGACCUUGCGAUAAAGCAAGGGAGUAUUUUGUUGAAAUGGGUUACUAUUGUCCACCACGCCAGACGACGGGUGACUUUUUGACUUCGGUAACAAACCCCCAAGAACGCAAAGCACGAGAGGGCAUGGAGAAGCGAGUACCGCGAACGCCUGAAGAAUUUGAGAAGUACUGGAAAAACAGUCCCUACUUCGCUGAGCUCCAGCGAGAGAUUGCCGAACAUUUGGAGCAGUUCCCCGUGGGAGGGGAGGUUGAGCAAACCUUUGGCCAGGCGAAGCGGUAUAUACAGGCGAAGCAUGUUCGCCCAAAAAGUCCAUAUGUCAUAUCGAUACCUAUGCAGGUCAAGCUUUGCACUAUUCGAGCAUAUCAGAGGAUAUGGAACGAUAAACCGUCUACGCUGACAACUGUUAUUGGGCGAAUCGUCAUGUCUCUCAUUAUUGGCUCUAUAUACUAUGGGACCCCUGACGCUUCAGCCGGGUUUCAAAGCAAAGGGGCCUCUCUCUUUUUCGCUGUUCUCAUGAAUGCACUGAUCAGUAUCACGGAGAUCAAUUCACUAUACGAUCAGCGGCCAAUCAUCGAGAAGCAAGCCUCGUAUGCAUUUGUUCAUCCUUUCGCCGAGGCGUUCGGUGGAAUCGUGUCGGAUAUUCCUGUCAAAUUCGUGGCUGCUGUUGUCUUCAACGUUAUUUAUUACUUUCUGGCUGGAUUGCGCUAUGAACCUUCACAGUUCUUCAUCUUCUUCCUCUUUACAUUUCUAAGCACACUCGCUAUGUCAGCCAUUUUCCGCACGUUGGCAGCAUCGACAAAGACUUUGUCUCAAGCAAUGUCCAUGGCCGGAGUAAUGGUAUUGGCUAUUGUGAUCUACACUGGCUUCGUGAUUCCCACGCCCCAGAUGUCUGAUAUCCCGUGGUUUAGCUGGAUCAGAUGGAUUAAUCCGGUUUAUUACACAUUCGAGGCUAUGAUAGCAAACGAGUUCCACGGUCGACAGUUCGAAUGCUCGCAGUUUGUUCCUGCAUAUCCAAACUUGAGCGGGGACUCCUUCGUCUGUGCUGUUCGAGGUAGUGUGGCAGGAGAGCGAACCGUUUCAGGAGAUGAAUACAUCUACUCGCAGUACCGAUACACAUAUGACCAUGAGUGGAGGAACCUCGGCAUUUUGAUAGCAUUCUGGAUCUUCUUCACCGUCGUAUAUCUGGUGGCUACGGAGCUGAACUCAGCGACGUCUUCUAAAGCCGAGUUCCUCGUCUUCCGACGUCGUCACGUACCGCCGCAGAUGCGCAUUCUUGGCAAGUCCCAAGGAGACGCUUCGCCUGAAAAUGUCGCUCUAGCUGAGAAGCCUACUGAAGUGGCGCCAAAUACGUCCGCAAUUCCAGAACAGCACAGCAUUUUCACCUGGCGAAAUGUGUGUUAUGAUAUUCCUGUCAAAGGCGGCCAGCGCCGCCUGCUUGACAAUGUCAAUGGCUGGGUCAAGCCGGGAACUCUGACAGCCUUGAUGGGCGUGUCAGGAGCCGGUAAAACUACCCUUCUAGACGUACUCGCGAAGCGUGUCUCUAUCGGCGUCGUGACAGGGGAUAUGUUUGUUGACGGCAGACCACUGGAUACCAGCUUCCAGAGGAAAACAGGUUAUGUUCAACAACAGGAUCUGCACCUUCCAACCACUACUGUGCGAGAGGCACUACAAUUCAGUGCAGUACUCCGUCAGCCAAAGACAGUUCCUAGGGCUGAGAAGUAUGCGUAUGUUGAAGAGGUUAUUGACAUGCUUAAUAUGCAGGAUUUCGCGGACGCGAUUGUUGGUACCCCGGGCGAAGGUCUGAACGUUGAACAGCGGAAGCUGUUGACAAUUGGUGUUGAACUUGCUGCAAAACCUGCACUGCUUAUCUUCCUUGAUGAGCCUACUAGUGGUCUGGAUUCGCAGAGCUCCUGGUCCAUUUGUUCGUUCUUACGCAAGCUUGCGGAUCGCGGUCAGGCAGUCCUAUCUACAAUUCAUCAGCCUAGCGCCUUGCUCUUCCAACAGUUUGAUCGUCUAUUAUUUCUGGCAAAGGGGGGUCGAACAGUCUACUUUGGGGAUAUUGGCGAGGACUCCCGUACAUUGCUCGAUUACUUUGAAGCAAAUGGAGCAAGAGCAUGUGGUUCAUCUGAGAAUCCUGCAGAGUAUAUACUCGAAGUUAUUGGGGCCGGUGCAUCUGGAAAAUCAGACUUGGACUGGCCAUCAAUUUGGAAAGAAAGCACAGAAGCUCGAGAAGUCCUGCAGGAAAUCGACAGAAUCCAUAAAGACAGGGCUUCUGCAUCAUCAGUGGAAGACAAAAACACGCAUCGAGAAUAUGCCAUGCCUUUCACUGACCAACUGUGGCAGGUAACUAGUCGAGUAUUUCAGCAGUACUGGCGCGAACCCAUCUACGUCUGGGCAAAGCUAAUCCUAGCAAUCGCCUCUGGUCUCUUCAUCGGCUUCACUUUUUUCAAACCAGAUAGCUCACAACAAGGCUUUCAAGAUGUUCUGUUCAGCGCGUUCAUGCUCACAUCCAUUUUUUCCACCCUAGUCCAACAAAUUAUGCCUAAAUUCGUCAUCCAGCGCUCCCUUUACGAAGUCCGCGAGCGCCCCUCAAAGGCUUACUCCUGGGCCGCUUUCAUAAUUGCCAACGUCCUUGUCGAAAUCCCCUGGCAGAUUCUAGCCGCCAUCGUCUCUUGGGCUAGCUAUUACUUUCCCGUGUACGGGGCCUCGCAGCCCCCGCACCGACAAGGCCUCAUACUCCUCUUCGUGAUCCAAUUCUUCAUCUUCACAUCAACAUUUGCCACAUUAAUCAUUUCUUCUCUGCCGGAUGCUGAAACAGGCGGAACCAUCGCAACCCUCAUGUUCAUGAUGACGCUUGUCUUCAACGGCGUUAUGCAAGCCCCUUCUGCCCUCCCUGGCUUUUGGAUAUUCAUGUAUCGCGUCUCGCCGUUGACGUAUCUGAUUGCGGGGCUGACGGCGACCGGCUUACACGGACGCGCGAUUGAGUGCGCGACUGAAGAGUUGAAUGUCUUCAACCCGCCGAAUGGGAUGAGUUGUGGGGAGUACUUGACUGAGUAUCUGGCUGUCGCGCCGGGACUGUUAUAUAACCCUGAUGCCACGGCGAAUUGCCAGUACUGUGGCCUAACGAAUGCGGAUCAGUACCUUGCUGCUUCAAAUAUUUAUUACAGCGAACGAUGGCGCAAUUGGGGCAUUGGCUGGGCUUACAUUGGCUUCAACAUCUUCGGCACCGUGGCGCUAUACUAUAUUUUCCGGGUGCGACACUGGAAUCCAACAAGUCUUAUUAGAAGUGUUAAGCAGGGUGCGCAGGUUGUGUGUCGGGUCUUUAAGAGGAGGUCUGGAGAGACGCCAAGGGGUAAGGAGGCAGAGAAUGGGCGGUUAUAUUAGGUUCUUGGGAGGGGAGUGGAUGGAUAUGAUAUUUGUUCUGAACGGUGCCUAUUUGGUUGUAUGUAAUCUCGCGCGCGUGCUUAGAUACAGUCGAUUUUGGAGUUGACUCUUGAUGUAUUUGAUUGUUGCUUGUUAGGAAGAAUCAAAUAGAGUUCUGAAUUUGCUU